AUGAAUCAAAACUUCCAGGGCGCGCCGGACCGAGAUGACAUUCGACUGCUGGACCAACUGCGUAGCCAGCUGAUGCCCAUGAUCAAGACCAUGGAUCGACUACAAGCCGAGAUGCAGUUCAAGAUGAGCCGAGGGGAGGCUGUUGACUGGCCUCAAAUUCACCGCGCAACCACAAUGGUAACAAACUAUAUAACCUCCAUCCACCUCCUCAUCAACGGCGGCUUCCGGCACCAAAAUAAGCUCGUCACGCAGAAACAGCGGAUCCCGUCCAAAGACGCGGCUGGCAACCACGUUCUCGACGCCGGAGGCAACGAGGUGUUUGUGGAACGCGACGUCCGACGGCGCCUCAUUGCGACACAGCCGCUACCGACCAACACGGAGAAAUUCCAAGCUCUGCAUCCGUUUCCAAACCCGCUGUACCCGAUGAACGCGGGGGGCGGCAUGGCGGCGGGUAUGGCGGGGACGCUGCUGCGGAAGCGACUGGAGCCCAUGGAAGAAGGCUGGGUCGAAGACAAGAUCCGCAAGGCAGCAGAGUGGCUAUACGUCCCGGAAGAAUGGGGCGUAGAAAUGAACAAGAAAGUCUCCAGCAAGCAAGAAAAAAGCGAAAAGGAACAAGAUGACGAUGAUGACGACGAUGCGGGGGUCCCAGAGUCUGAGCGCCUCGACUCCGAAGCCAUACCUACGACGCGCGUCAAGGAUGUGCUUUCGGGGGAUGCGAUUAAAGAUAUUUGGCAGCAUGCGCACCAGGAGGUGUUCGAUAUGAAGUAUCUGCGGCAAACGUAUCCGGCGAGUUACCCUGCGGAGGAUGCGCAAGAUGCGAAUGAAGGGGACGAGGAAGAGGACGAUGAGGAAGAAGGGGAUGAGGAGGAAGAGGAAGAAGAGGAGUUUGAAGAUGUCAUGGAUACGUCUGGGGGUCAGGACGCGGGAGAUGAGGAGUCGGCUAAGCCAAAGAUUAUGAAGAAGAAAAAGGUGGUUGUGGGGAGGUUGCCGGUGCAUCAGGCGGUGCCGGGUGCGCCGGUGUUUUCUCUGGGCGUGGUACAGAGAUUCACGGAGACGGGAGAGGUAUAG